ACUCCACCUUUUCACAGUACUACCCCACCUUCUCUCACAUUACAGUAACAUCUGUUUGGUUGUGUGUCUCAGUUGCUCUGUCAUAGAGGAAGAAGCAGUGCUAGGCUCAAACAUCCUCCAAACGUCUUUAUCAAGCAGAUAUCAUGGAAAAGGGUCAGCCACCUUAUCCGACAAUGCCAGCCCCCCCGUACCCUGGUCCCCCGGGUCCCCCUGGUUCCCAUGUGAACAUGGGUUACCAAAAUCAGCCUAUGCACCAACCCAUUCAACAGCCUGCUUACCAGUUCAACCAACAACAACCUCAGAUGGUUCAUCCUGUGAACCAGGUGGUGGUGCAGCAGCUGCCGACUGAAGUUUCUGGACAGAUGGUGUGCCCGCACUGCCGAUCCACCGUUGUCACUAAAGUGAACUACGUAAACGGCUUGCUCACCUGGCUGAUCUGUGGCAUACUGGGAGUCUUCCUGUGCUGGCCUUGCUGUAUAAUCCCCUUCUUCGUGGAUUCAGUCAAGGAUGUGGAGCACUCUUGCCCCUCCUGUAACAGAGUCCUGCACAUCCAUAAACGCAGGUGAAACAGCAGUAAACUGCACUGAAGCCACAACAAGAGGCAACCCGUGACCACACCAGGUUGGGAGCCCAACCAUACUGUAUGCAAACACAUCGGACGUCAUCAUAACAAUAAGACCUCUUGAGUAAAAUGUGGGUUGUGAAAGCAUUACUCUGUACUGGACAUACUUUGUAGAGAGCAGAUUAUAAGAGCUGUGAUAUCUUCUUUUCUUUCAUCAAUUGAUUUAAAAUGUGCAAUCAUGCUUACAUGACCUUAGUGAAAUCUAAUGAAAAACCUAAUGAUUGUUUGUGAUAUUAUUUGUAUUUGAUCUGAAUGAUGUUCUCUCGAUAAAAUAUACCUGUGUUAAAUUGUAUCAAUGAAGGAUGGUAAACACGCCAUUUUCCUUUAAUUUCAUAUUUCCUGUCUUGUAAAGGCUGUGAGUAAAGUCAAUUUGGAUGUAAAAUUAUUUGUAAGGCACCUACAUUUAUAAUAUUAAUUUCAUUUUGAUUAAAGUUUUUUUUGAAAAGUU